AUGUCCAUUCAAUUAAACAAAGACCAAAGAGAAUGCAAAUGCUCAACUUGCUCUCAAAGUGAGUUGGGAUAUAGGGUUGUCCACAGACAUACAGCCCGUAUACAUCAAGAAAUUGAUGAAGAUGAAGCUAAUGAUAACUUUGCAACUAACGAUACAAAGUUAUUCAACAUUAGUGAAAAUGAAGCUUUACCUUACUUCAUUAUGAUUUUCUUGACAUUCUUCCAAGCCAAUAAUUUAACCAUUACGGCUACAGAAAGCUUGUUCAAGUUCAUGAAUGCUAUACUUUUUCUACUUGGAAUUAAUUAUGCAUUCCCCUCUAAACUCCAAACAAUUAAAUCUAAAAUUUCUGCUAAUUAUGCUAGCAAGGAUAUCAAAAAAUAUAUUGUUUGUGAGAAGUGCAAUGCAAUUUAUGUAUACGAGGAAGUUAUCGAUAAUUCGAAUACAAUUAAAAAAUGCAGUAAUAGAACACUUCCCUCGUAUGCUAAUGGAAUGAGAGCACGAUGCAAUCAUCCAUUAGUAGUUAAAAAUGCUAGCAACGAUUCGGUCAAACCAAUCAAACGUUAUGCGUACAACUCAGUAAAGGCAACUUUGAUGAAGUUUUUCAUGCGCCCUACUUUUGAGCAAAAAAUUGAAGAAUGGAGAAGUAAAACUGUAAUGCCUGGAAUGAUGUUUGAUAUCUUCGAUGGUCGA